AGAGCCAUUUUGGCUCACGCCAGUCGCGGGAGGCAGCGUGCCGGAGGCAGCGCGCCCGCGCCCACGCGAGCGAGUACGCGUCCGCCCAACACGAGAGGCCGCGGCCGCGGCCCGCCAAAGAUGCCGAAGGAGUCCGCGCUGGUAGCCGUCGGCACCGCCUUCGCCGCCGCCACCGUGCUGCCGGCCGCAGAGGACGGGUCUCCACGGGCGGCUUCGAGAAGGGCGAGUUCCGUCGCCUCGGGCUCGCCGGUGCCAGGAGAACGGGCAUUCGAGGACGAGGAGGUCAUGGACACGAUGGUCAAAUCGCUGAUCAGUUCGCACGGCCUGCAGUCGUCCUGGCAGAAGGUCCGGAAGCGCCUCGUGUCCGUGGAGGGCGGCCUCAGCAAGGUCCAGAGCGCGAUAGACUCGAGGACCUUCGUCUUCCGCGACGAGUUUAGCGACGUCGUGGAGAAGAGGCACGCUGGGCAGCUGAGCAGGCAUGCCGAGGAGAUGGCGGCCCUCGCAGACGCGCAGGCGAAGCUAUCGACCGCAAUGUACGAAGAGCAGCUGCCAUCAGUACAACGUUGCGUCGAUCAGGUGCGCUCUAUGCAGGACGCGAUCGACGCGCUGACCCACGAAGUCGCCGCCCUGAGGAGCUCCAGCAGGGAGCAGCAGGAGAUGGUGGAUGGAGGCUUCAAGAGGCUCGACGAAAACAUCCUCAAGGCAGGCGCGGACAUGGACGCCCGGACGGCAUCGCUGGAGGAGAUGAUGCGAGCUCAGGGCCAGGCAUCCGACCAGAAGCUGAGCGAGCUGGAGGAGACCAUGCAGCUGUCGAUCACGGAGAUCAACAACCAGAUCGCUUCCUUGGCUGCCGACGACGAGGGCGGAGACUUGGACGGAGAAGGGGACGAGCUGGAUUGGGAGCGCGCGGGUCAGGAUGACCGGCCCUCAGGGGAAUUUGUGGCGGCCGAACGCUCUGGUUCCAAAUUAGGGCGUUUAUCACUCGGGCAGAUGUCUGGUACAACCUCGAUCGGCGAGAGAGCGGGGGCCGCAGGUGGUAAGGGGGCGCUUCAGAAGAAGGUGGUAGACAUGGUCGAAAAGAUGCUUGUGCAACCGCUCUGGAACGAGCUCGGGCACACUCUUUCCAGAUUGAGUGCGGUGGAGGAGGGGAUGGGCAAACAGGCCGUUGAACUAAAGAGGCAGAUACGUGUUGUCGAGAAGUCCCUCGACAAUUUCAAGAACAGCACCAGGAACACUACAGACCAGAUCCGAGAAGAUUUAGACACCUGCUUCAAGAGAGAUGAGGCGUCCAAACUUGAGACGGCACUUAGCGGCAGUAUUGGCGAGCUCUGGGGCGAUUUCGACGGGUUGCGGCAGACGGCAGUUGGCAAGCUUAACCAAUUUGUGGACCAUUUCGCCAAGAUUCACGAGUCCAUCAACGACCACGAGCAUUGCCUGCGGCAUCAUGCCGAGGAGAUCGAAAACCGCUGCACGAAGUACGACAUCCUGGCCUGCCAGCGCCAGAUCGACACGAGCGUUCUCAAGGACGAUUUCGUGCGGGAGACUAGUGAGCUGCGCCAGCUGCUGGAGUGGCAGGAGGGCAAGAUCGAAGCCUUCGGGCUGAUCUCGGGGUCCGGCGCCAGCAGGGGCAAGCCCGCCGCGGCCGGACGUGAGCGCGCUCCCAGGGACAGCCCGAGGAACGGCCCCGGCAGCGCCGGCCGCUCGCCCGGGAACCUCGGGCACGGCGAAGGCGACGCAGGCGUAGCGAUAGGGCGCAACCAGACGCUUCUGACCGAGCAGCUCAACGCCCUGGCCAUGGGAGUCGUGUGGCUCGCACACCUGGUGCUGCAAGAGCCGAAGCUCGGUGGCUCGCGGAGCCAGAGGCUCGCGAGCGAGCGGGACAUCCUGGAGGAGCUGAAGAGCGUCCGCCACUGGAUCACCCACAAGACCUCGCCCCAGGGCUGGGACACCUGCAGGCUGACCACGGCCACGCUGGAGCACACGCACCCGCACGAGGCGAUGCCGCCCGUGUCGCAGCCGCCCCCGAUGGUGCGGGGCGCGUCGCAGGCGAUGGCCCCGGUGAAGGAGCAGCAGGUGAUGUCCGCGCGCCAGGUGCGCAGGCCCGCCGAGCGGCAGAGGUCGCCGCCGGGCAGCGCACGCCUGACGAAGGCGAGCUGGGGCAGCGCCAACACGGCGUCGCUGAGCACGUUCGCUUCCGAGGGCGACAUCCAUUCGGCCAAGGCCUCCACGGACAGGCUGCCCAAGCUCGGCGGGAGCGCCGAGCUCGGAGGAGCGCUGAGCGGUGCGGGCGGGCCAAAGGUCCAGCCGCCCCGCUCGGCCGACAGCCUGCCGCUUGUGGCGCGCGUGUGACUUCGAGGGGGCCCCUGGUGGCCCCAGGAAAUAGAGAGACACCGAGCAUGACAAAAA